AGAAUGGCGCUUGGAAAUGACUCUCUCGUGACUGAAUUUAUUUUGUUGGGUUUAACAGACAGGUCAGACCUCCAGAUCGUCUUGUUCUUCCUGUUUUUAGCAAUGUACUUGGUCACAAUGUUGGGUAAUUUGGGUUUGAUAACUCUGAUUGGUCUGAAUUCACAUUUGCACACCCCCAUGUACUUCUUUCUCUUUAACUUGUCCUUUAUAGAUUUCUGUUAUUCUUCUGUGUUUACACCCAAAAUGCUGACAAACUUCAUAUCAACAAAAAACUAUAUCUCCUACAAUGGGUGUAUGACCCAACUCUACUUUUUCUGUUUUUUUGUCAUCUCUGAAUGCUAUGUGCUGACAGCAAUGGCCUAUGAUCGCUAUGUAGCCAUCUGUAACCCACUUAUGUAUAACAUUGUCAUGUCCCCCAAAGUAUGUUCCAGUCUUAUGUUUGGUUCAUAUAUAAUAGCAUUUUUUAAAGCCAUGGUUCAUACAGGGUGUAUGCUGAGACUGACCUUCUGUGAUGCAAACACCAUCAACCACUAUUUCUGUGACAUCCUCCCUGUGCUCCAGCUCUCCUGCACCAGCACCUAUGUCAAUGAGAUGGUAGUUUUUAUUGUGGUGGGUAUCACCAUCACUGUGCCCAGUGUCACUAUCUUUGUCUCCUAUGGCUUCAUCAUCUCCAGCAUCCUCCGCAUCAGCUCCAAGGAGGGCAGGGCCAAAGCCUUCAGCACCUGCAGCUCCCACAUCAUUGUUGUUGCUCUUUUCUUUGGCUCAGGUGCAUUCAUGUACCUCAAACCAUCUUCUGCUGGGUCCAUGGACCAGGGCAAAAUCUCCUCUGUGUUCUACACCAAUGUGAUUCCUCUGAUGAACCCCUUGAUCUACAGUUUGAGGAAUAAAGAUGUGAAAUUGGCUCUUAGAAAAACCCUGAGUAGGAGGAAGUUUUGA